CGGUAAACGCUUUGAUUGACGUUGGGGAAGAAAAAGACACAAGAUCCGAUUACAAGAUGGCGGUCCAUGGCGGAUAGAAGAACGGCCGACAUAGCUAGUUGUUGUGUUUGUAACAGUGUAGUUGUAGUUAUUCGGCCUUACAUGCAGAAACGCUACUGUUUUAUGAUUUUAAGCCAUUUCUGAAGUCGAUAUACAUGUACUUGAACUAUUUGUCGGCAGUGUGGCUGGAACAUGCGGGUAGUUAUAAAGUUUGAAGCUUUGGGUUGAGAAAUACGAUUAAUUGAAAUUAGGGUGAAGCGGUGUCUGAGCUUGAUAAAACGAUGUCGGACACUCGGCGGCGUGUAAAAGUGUACACGCUGAAUGAAGACCGACAGUGGGACGACAGAGGAACGGGGCAUGUUUCGUCCACUUACGUCGAACGAUUGAGGGAAAUAUGCUUGUUAGUUCGGGCCGAGUCUGAUGGCUCGCUUCUCUUGGAGUCGAAAAUCAGUCCAAACACAGCAUAUCAGAAACAACAAGACACCUUGAUUGUUUGGUCAGAAGCAGAAAACUAUGAUCUUGCACUGAGUUUUCAAGAGAAAGCUGGCUGUGAUGAAAUCUGGGAAAAGAUUUGUCAGGUGCAGGGUAAGGAUCCGGCCGUCGAGAUCACCCAGGAUCCCAUCGAUGAGUCGGAAGAGGAGCGUGUGGAUGAGCUGCCGGAGACCAGUCAUCUGGUGGAGCUGCCCCCCUGUGAACUCGCCCGGCUAGAGGAAAUCGCUGACCUGGUGACCUCUGUGCUCUCCUCGCCCAUCCGCCGGGAGAAGUUGGCCCUGGCGCUCAUGAGCGAAGGCUAUAUCAAGAAGCUGUUGCAGCUCUUCAGGACUUGUGAGGACCUGGAGGACCUUGAGGGCCUGCAUCAUCUCUAUGAGAUUGUGCGCGGGGUGCUUUUCCUCAACAAGGCGGCCCUCUUCGAGGUGAUGUUCUCUGACGAUUGCAUCAUGGACGUUGUGGGGUGCCUGGAGUAUGACCCAGCCCUCGUUCAGCCCAAGAGGCACCGGGAGUUCCUCACCAAGACGGCGAAGUUCAAAGAAGUGGUCCCCAUCACAGACUCAGAGUUGCGGCAGAAGAUCCACCAGACGUAUCGUGUACAGUACAUCCAGGACAUCAUCCUCCCCACACCAUCCGUCUUUGAGGAGAACUUCCUCUCCACGCUCACCUCUUUCAUAUUCUUCAACAAAGUGGAGAUAGUUAGCAUGUUGCAGGAGAAUGAGAAACUCCUGACAGAGGUGUUCGCCCAACUAACAGAUGAGGCUACAGAGGACAACAAGAGGAGAGAACUGGUGAACUUCUUCAAAGAGUUCUGUGCUUUUUCACAAACGUUGCAGCCCCAGAACAGAGAUGCGUUUUUCAAGACCCUUGCAAAUCUAGGGAUUCUGCCUGCACUGGAAAUAGUGAUGGCCAUGGAUGACCUCCAGGUGAGGGCUGCAGCCACAGAUAUUUUGUCCUAUCUGGUGGAGUUCAGUCCUUCCAUGGUGCGGGAGUUUGUCAUGCAAGAGCCCCAGCAGGCAGAUGAUGAUGUGCUGCUGAUCAAUGUGGUGAUCAAGCAGAUGAUCUGUGACUCGGACCCAGAGCUGGGCGGAGCUGUGCAGCUGAUGGGGCUCCUAAGAACCCUCAUUGAUCCAGAGAACAUGCUGGCCCCCACCAAUGUAAGACUACAGGAGACUCAUACUGUCAAUUUCUGUGCAGCAUUUAUACAAGGGCUGGGCGAUAUGGACCAAACAUUUUAUCCCAAUAUUUUUAGGGUGAAUACAGAUACACU